AUGGAUGAUAUCGGCAUCAACAUGGGCGACCCCAGUGACUCGGGGUACCCCACUUCACCCACCUCAGAGGCGGUGCCUGAUCAAAACCUAGUCACCAAUCGUGUGACGUCACAAAAUUCGGCACAGCACCGUGGGCACCAGAUCAGGCCUGAGGGGUUUUCUCCCUCUACACCACCUACACUGACUGCUAAAGGACAACCUAGAUGCAACAGUCUGCUGUCCAACUUCAAACUCCUGAUGAACAGUGAGGGCUCGCCGAUUGACAGCAUCUUCAAUCAGCUGGUUCAGGAGUGCCGUGACAACGAAGAAGACCUGUUUGGUGAGAAGCUGGAAGUGAAGGACGGGAAUCAGAAAGUGGUCAUCAAUAUUUCAGGCAUGAUGUUCGAGACACAACUCAAAACACUAUCACAGUUUCCAGACACCCUGCUAGGAGACCCCGCGAAAAGGAUGUACUACUUCGACCCCAUGAAGAACGAGUACUUUUUCGACAGGAAUCGUCCAAGCUUCGAUGGGAUCUUGUACUUCUAUCAGUCUGGGGGCAAAAUUCGAAGACCGGUCAACGUCCCCUUAGAGAUUUUUGCAAAAGAGAUUGUUUUCUACAAAUUAGGAAAAGAAGCUAUGGAACAGUUCCGUGAAAUUGAGGGGUUCAUAACAGAACCCGAGCCGCUGUUGCCCACCAACGAGGUCCAUAAGCAGUUUUGGCUCCUUUUUGAGUAUCCAGAGAGUUCCAGUGCAGCUCGGUCAGUGGCCCUGGUGUCUGUCUUUGUCAUUGUCAUCUCCAUCUUCAUUUUCUGCCUGGAAACUCUUCCAGAGUUCCGUGAUGACGUAGACUUUAUCACCACCUUUUCCCUGGGUCUCAAUGGAACUCAGGAAGGACCUGCUUCAGUACAAAACAACUUAUUUGCCUAUUUCACAGACCCCUUUUUCAUUGUGGAAACUAUCUGCAUAGUUUGGUUCUGCUUUGAGCUUGGUGUACGCUUUGUGGUCUGCCCGAGCAAAAGUGACUUCUUCCACAACAUUAUGAACACCAUUGACAUUGUCUCUAUAAUCCCCUAUUUUGUAACCAUGGUGACAGAGCUGUGGACCACGCCAGAUACAGACAUCAACUCUAGCCAGAACAUGUCACUGGCCAUCUUACGCAUCAUCCGUCUAGUGCGAGUCUUCCGAAUCUUCAAGCUCUCGCGGCACUCCAAGGGGCUUCAGAUCCUGGGCCAAACCCUGAAAGCUAGUAUGAGGGAGCUGGGCCUGUUGAUCUUCUUCCUCUUUAUUGGAGUCAUACUCUUCUCCAGUGCCAUCUACUUUGCUGAGGUGGACGAGCCCCAAACACAGUUUGUCAGUAUCCCUGACGGGUUCUGGUGGGCUGUGGUGACAAUGACCACUGUGGGAUACGGGGACAUGUGUCCUACUACUCUGGGAGGCAAAAUGGUGGGGACUCUUUGCGCCAUUGCCGGCGUGUUGACCAUCGCCUUACCCGUCCCUGUUAUCGUCUCCAACUUUAACUAUUUCUACCACCGGGAGACAGAGCAAGCAGAGAAACAAGUGAUUGAUGAUGCGACAGAGGCAGCUCAGAGAGUAUCUGACGCAAACAGAUAUGAGUAUGGUAGUGCAACCUCUCCUAGCAUGAGCAAAAUCAAUGGUAGAGUGCAGGAUGACAGGAAUGACAUGUAA